AUGGGGAUUUACUGGUCAUCAUGUUCUGCGCGUCGGCGAGGAGAUUCUGCAGGGCUGAAAAUCCAUGAUGCAAUCCCAAUCAGAACUCCAAGCAGCAGUUUGUUCUUUGAAAACUCAGUGGCCAGGUUCUCUUGUGUGGAUGGAUAUAGUUUAAAGGGGCCAGCCAAGAUUAUCUGCACGCGCUUCCAUAAUGGAUCGGUAGGCUGGAAACCAAGCCUUAAACCAGUGUGCCUUUCAGAAGAUUGUCUUCCUCCAUUCAUCGAGGAUGCUGAUGUCACAAAUAAAACAUACAGGCCUGGCUACAGCCUCAUUAUUAGCUGUCAUGAGGGAUUUCAGAUCCGAUACCCUGACACGGAAACUAUGGAAUCAAUCUGUCAGGCCGAUGGGACAUGGGAUAAUCAGCCAACUUGUCAAGGCUGCCUCCGGCCGCUGAUACCGCCUCACAGUUACAUGAACAUCUCAGAAACAGAGUUCUCUGUGCCUGUUGGAACUGUAGUCCACUACCAGUGUUUUCCUGGUUACAAUUUGGAGGGACCUGAAUUUCUGGAAUGCAUGUAUAACCUCAUCUGGUCAAACACGCCACCCCGGUGCCUUGAUGUUGAGGCAUGCUCUUUACCCCCGAUGAUAGAACAUGGAGAUUACAUGUGCCACCCACAACCAUGUGACCGCUACAUUCAUGGGACGGUUGUAGAAUACUACUGUUAUCCUGGCUACUCUCUAGCGAAUGACUACAAAUACAUCACCUGCCAGUACGGACAGUGGUUUCCACAAUUGCAGUUCUACUGCAUCAAAGAUGAAAUUCCUCUCGUGGAGGAUGGUGAAGUGGACUGCUGA